CUAAAUCCCCCUCCCCUCCCCAAUUUCUUCUUAUCUUGGGUAUUCAUUUGCUAUCUGCACUCUUUUGCGAUGGCUCCUACCGAUUCAUCAGAUUUUAUGAUCAGACCUCGAGAUGUCUGUAUCGUGGGCGUUGCACGUACACCGAUGGGUGGUUUCCUUGGCUCACUUUCCUCGUUCUCUGCUACCCAUCUUGGAUCCUUAGCCAUCAAGGCUGCUCUUCGAAGAGCAAACCUUGAUCCAUCACUUGUGCAGGAGGUUUUCUUUGGGAAUGUUCUUAGUGCAAACUUAGGCCAGGCUCCAGCUAGGCAGGCUGCAUUAGGUGCCGGUAUUCCUAAUUCCGUCAUUUGCACCACUGUUAACAAAGUUUGUUCAUCUGGGAUGAAAGCGGUGAUGCUUGGAUCACAAACUAUCCAGUUAGGCAUCAAUGAUGUUGUUGUUGCUGGUGGUAUGGAAAGCAUGUCAAACGCACCCAAGUAUUUGGCAGACGCAAGCACUGAAAGUUCAAUCUUCGAUUUUAUGGGCAGAAAUGGAUCUCGAAUAGGACAUGAUACCAUUGUGGAUGGCAUGCUCAAAGAUGGGUUGUGGGAUGUAUAUAAUGAUUUUGGAAUGGGAGUAUGUGGAGAGUUAUGUGCUGACCAACACAACAUUACGCGAGAAGAGCAGGAUGCUUAUGCUAUUCGUAGCUUUGAGCGUGGAAUUGCAGCUCAAAACAAUGGCCUCUUGGCUUGGGAAAUAGUUCCGGUUGAAGUUUCUGGAGGAAGAGGGAAACCGUCCACAGUUAUAGAUAAGGAUGAGGGUUUAAGAAUGUUUGAUGCUGCCAAAUUGAGGAAGCUUAGACCAAGCUUUAAAGCCAAUGGAGGAACUGUUACAGCUGGCAAUGCUUCUAGCAUUAGUGAUGGUGCAGCAGCAUUGGUGCUAGUAAGUGGGGAGAAGGCAAUUGAGCUUGGUUUGCAAGUGGUUGCUAGGAUCCGAGGAUAUGCUGAUGCUGCUCAGGCACCUGAAUGGUUUACGACAGCUCCAGCCCUUGCCAUACCAAAAGCCAUAGCAAGUGCUGGUUUGAAGUCUUCUCAAAUUGAUUACUACGAAAUAAACGAAGCUUUUUCAGUUGUGGCUAUUGCAAAUCAAAAACUUCUUCGCCUUAAUCCUGAAAAGGUUAAUGCUCAUGGUGGAGCUGUAUCUUUGGGACAUCCAUUAGGGUGCAGUGGAGCUCGUAUAUUAGCCACAUUGUUGGGGGUGCUAAGACAUAAGAAAGGAAGGUUUGGAGUUGGUGGAAUCUGUAAUGGUGGUGGCGGAGCAUCCGCCCUUGUUGUUGAGCUCAUGCCGGAACUGGAUGCCAAAGUGGGACGGUCAUCUUUAUGAAACCAAUAUACAUGUUAUUGUCAAAUUUUCCGUUGAUUUGUCGUUUUAUUCCCUUCAAAUUUGAUCAGAAAAUAAAAAGUUAUAGAGCAGGUUUUAUGGAGGCAGAUAGCUGUUGAUCUUUAGAGCAUUCAAGGGGCAGAUCAUGAGACAGCAGAAAAAGGAAGAAUCCAUAGUGGACAUAAAAAGGGUUAGUUUGUCAGUUUAAAGCAUGUCACAAUGUAACAUAAAUUGGACAACGUUCAUUGACAAAAGCUUAAUGUUAUAUGUUCUGGAUGCUGUCUUCUUCA